CUAAGACUGAAGAUGGCGAUGCUUCCUCUGCUACUCCUUUUCUCUCUCUCUGCUCUGCCUCCUCAUAUGGCCGAAUCGUCUAAUCAUUCUGAUGAACAAGCUCUCAUGGCUUUCAAAGCAGCCAUCUCUGUGGAUUCAUAUAAUUCCUUCCUCGACUGGUCUACCAAUCACACCUUCUGCGAAUGGACUGGCAUCACCUGCUCUUCUCGUAGACAGCGUGUGGUUUCCUUGAAUCUCACAGGUAUGGGAUUACUUGGCCCCAUCUCUCCCUUACUGGGAAAUCUUUCCUUCCUUAGAGUACUUGAUCUCUCUAAUAACAGCCUGGAGGGCCAUAUUCCAUAUCAGAUCGGAAGGCUUUUUCGAUUGAGAAGGCUUCUUCUAUCUACCAAUCAAUUGGAGGGCCAUAUUCCAUAUCAGCUUGGAAGGCUUUUUCGCUUGAGAAUGCUUGAGUUGGAUUCUAACAAUUUAAGUGGAAGCAUUCCCUGUGAAUUUAGUCUUCUUUCAAAUCUAGAAAUCAUGGAUUUAGGAGCAAACAAACUGACAGGCAUUAUCCCACGUUUCAUAGGAAACAUGUCCUCUUUAAAUGUCAUUGAACUGUCCGAAAAUAGACUCCAAGGUAGUAUUCCAGCUGAGUUGGGUAGUCUUAGUCACCUAAACUGGUUCAGUCUUAAAACCAACAAGUUAACAGGAUCAAUCCCCGUUGCCCUUUCAAAUUGCACUAAUCUCCAAUUCUUAGUACUAUAUGAGAACCACUUAAACGGCCCAAUUCCAUGGGAGUUUGGUAGGCUGUCAGAGUUGCAAAUAGUGUAUUUGUGGGCAAAUCAACUCACCGGAGAAAUACCCAGCUCACUGGGUAAUUGGACUCAGGUGCAACUGCUUGGUUUAGAGCGCAACAAACUCAGCGGCACAGUGCCUCCGGAAUUCGGUAGAAUGCGGCAGCUGAGAAAAAUUAAUUUGUGGCAUAAUCAUUUUGUAAGCGGAAGCAGUGGUUUAUCUACUCUAACAGUAUUAAGUAAUUGCUCCAGCUUGGAAGAUCUUGAUCUGGGAUCUAACAUUCUCACUGGCGUCUUGACCACUUCAGUCGGCCGUCUUUCAAAUUCACUUUAUUUUCUAGGAUUGGACUCAAAUGAAAUUGAGGGAAACAUACCAGAUGAGAUUUGUAACUUGACAAGCCUGGGAACAUUAUACCUAUCAGCAAACCGAUUGAAUGGGACCAUUCCAUCUACACUCGGUAAACUUCCAAAUCUAGAACUAUUAUUUCUUGGGGCUAACAAUUUACAGGGGAAAAUUCCAGAAAGUUUUGGUCAAUUAAAAAGACUUGGAUUGCUGGAACUCAGCGAGAACAUGCUUUCAGGGAAGAUUCCAGAUAGUUUUGGCAACCUUCCACAAUUAAGAAGGCUUUAUCUUGACAACAAUCAGCUAUCAGGGGAAAUACCUGCCAGUUUAGGGAGAUGUCAAACAUUGGAAAAGGUAGACUUGGCGUACAACAAACUAACGGGAAAUAUGCCACCCGAAGUUGCAGGUCUUCAGAAUCUUCAAUUCUAUUUCAACGUUUCUGGAAAUUCACUACAAGGUUCUAUUUUGGAAAUGAGCAAAAUGGUUAUGGUUUUAGCUAUAGAUAUAUCUCACAACAACUUUUCUGGUAGCAUUCCAAGUGCAAUGGCAAACUGCAAAGGUUUGGAAUAUCUAAAUCUUUCUUGGAACACAUUUGAGGGGAGAAUCCCUGCAUCACUGGCAAAUCUCCAAAAUCUGAAGUACAUGGAUCUUUCUUGCAAUAAUUUGUCAGGAACAAUACCAUUGGCUAUCAAAAAGAUGAAAAUGCUCCGCCAUCUCAAUCUCUCUUCAAACAAGCUAACUGGAGAGGUCCCAAAGGGAGGAGCUUUUUCAACACUUGAUGCCUCAGAAAUUAUGGGAAAUCUUGGCCUCUGUGGUGGAUGGGUAAACUUGCCGCCCUGCUCUCAUUUGAAACGCAAACAACCAUCAGUGUCAAAAAGGGUAUUAAUUCCUAUUAUAGUCGGCAGUGCAAUUUUCAUCUUCUCUCUUCUAUUGGUAGCAUUUUCCUAUAGAUGCAGACGUUCCCUUACCCCUCCUCUCAAAGUGUGGCCUCCAAAAAUUACAUAUGAAGAACUUGUAGAUGCAACUGAUGGGUUUAGUGAUGAAAAUCUCUUAGGAAUUGGCAGUUUUGGGUCCGUUUAUAAAGGGAUUCUUAGCAAUGGUACAAAUAUUGCUGUUAAACUUCUCAAGUUGAAAGAUGAACAUGCUCACCAAAGUUUCACCAAAGAAUGCAAUGCAUUGAAGAGAGUUCGGCAUCGCAAUGUAAUUAAAAUCAUUUCAGCAUGCUCGAACCUUGAUUUUAAAGCUUUAAUUCUUCCAUUCAUGCCAAAUGGAAAUUUGGAGAGAUGGUUGUACCCUAGUGAAGGGGGUAGAUGCAGAUUAAAUUUAAGUGAUCGAAUAAGGAUAGCAAUGGAGAUAGCACAAGGAAUGGCAUAUCUUCAUCAUUAUUGCUUUGUUCAAGUGAUUCAUUGUGACCUCAAGCCUAGCAAUGUUCUAUUAGGAGAUGACAUGACUUCAUACAUAGCAGAUUUUGGCAUUUCCAAGCUUAUUUUCAGCAAUUCUGCAGAUUCUUUGACUUCUAUAGAUGCACUUAGAGGAUCUAUUGGCUACAUUGCACCAGAGAAUGGUAUAGGUGGAAAUCUUACUACAAAGGGAGAUGUAUACAAUUAUGGAAUUCUAAUUUUAGAGUUGUUGACAAGGAGGCGACCAAUAGAUGAUAUGUUCAGUGAAGGAAUUAAUCUACAAGAAUGGAUAGAAAUGAGUUUUCCAGAUAGAAUCUCAGAUAUAGUGGAUAAUUCCUUGCUCGUGGAUGCUCAAGAUUCAGAGAAAACAAUGGCAAUGGAAUGCCUCACUCAAUCUAUACAAAUUGGAUUGUUUUGCACAAGAGAAUCACCUCAAGAACGUCCUAAUAUGAUUGAGAUAGUUGACAGAUUAAAUACAAUAAGAAGUAGAUUUCUUGGUAUGCCUAAGACUAUUCAAUUACCAGUAGAUAUCUCACCCUUUCUAGACAAUUCAAAGGGUAUAAAUAUUGCUAGUUCAAGGAACAAUGAGGGUUGGUCUACAUCUACGUCUUAGGUCUAUGUUAUUCAUCUUUGUUUGUUUGUUGGUUUUAGAAAAAUAUGAUAGUGUCCUACUAUAUUAAAUUUUCUAGUCUAGUAUGUAAAUAGGAGAUGAAAUAAUGAAUAGAAUGUAAUACCUAUACAUGGUAUAGUGUAUUGUGACAUGAUUCAAGAUGUAUAAUUGAAAUUGUGA